GAAACGAAGGCGUUUAAGACAUUGGAAAUAUACGCGUUUCUUACGACUUCGGAUACUGAUGGGAAAUCAUUUGGUUGAUAUUCUCUAAUCACAAUAUAAUACAUCGCAGUGAUAACAUUUAAAAGCUGAAGUUUUCUGUAAUGCAAAUGUGAGGUUACAAUAUUUUGACGUGAUUUUGACGUGAUUUUGACGUUUCCACCUCCACUCCUCUACCAGAUUAGGGCAAUUUUGGGCGGGACCGUUAAUGCAACCACGGCUACUUCUUGCUCUACCGCUCCAAUAAGUACUGGAUUGAAAGAGGUGUAAAUCAGGGGAACCCAAAACCACUAUUUGGACACUUCAACGGUACAACUUUUCAUAAACAAUCGUUUGCCGAAUGUAUUCAAAUGGUAUACAACUUUGCUCCAAACUCCAGAUAUUGUGGUAUGUAUCAAUUCACAAUGCCAACCCUCUUUGUCCGAGAUCCAGACUUGAUCAAACAACUCGCAGUAAAAGAUUUUGAUUAUUUUCUAAACCAUCGCACUUUUAUCCCGGAAGAGAGUGAUCCACUUUGGGGCAAAAACCUCUUUGCUUUAAACAAUCAAAAGUGGAGAGACAUGAGAAGUACCCUUAGUCCGGCAUUCACUGGCAGUAAAAUGAAAUUCAUGUUCCCACUAAUCUCUGAAACUGCCGAAUCUUUCAUUCAAUACUUUUUGGCAAAAAAUGAGGAUGUGGUAACAGUCGAAAUGAAAGAUGCUUUCACGAGAUUUACUAACGAUGUUAUUGCAAAUACUGCGUUUGGUGUUAAGUGUGAGUCAUUAAAAGAGCGUGAAAAUGAAUUUUAUUUGAUGGGGAAAGAAGCCACAAAUCUUAAGGGAUUCUGGAAAAACAUGAAAUUGCUUGUAUUUUUUAUAUUUCCUGAAAUCUGUAAAUUAUGUAAAAUCAGAUUUUUUUCUAAAUCCGUUGCCAAUUUUUUCACUAAUUUAAUUAAAGUGAAUAUUGCAAAUAGAGAAGAGUUUGGGAUAAUCAGACCUGAUAUGAUUUAUCUGUUGAUGGAAGCAAGAAAAAAUAAUUUGAAUGAACCAAUUUCCGAUGAAGACAUAACUGCACAAGCUCUCAUUUUCUUUUUCGCUGGUUUUGACACUGUGUCUUCAGCCAUGUGUUUCCUGUCGUAUGAAUUGGCAACUAACCCAGACAUUCAAAAAAAACUUCUUCAAGAAAUAGAUUCAGUUAAUGGAAAACCAACUUAUGAAGUUUUAAUGAACUUGAAAUACUUGGAUAUGGUAGUAUCAGAAACAUUAAGGAAAUGGCCGAUAAGUGUUGCUGCCGAUCGCAUCUGCAACAAACCAUACACAAUUGAGCCCAAAUUACCAAACGAAAAACCUCUCCAUUUAGAGAAAAAUCUACCCUUGUGGAUACCAAUAUACGCGCUCCAUAGGGACCCCAACUACUUUCCUGACCCAAAUCGUUUUGAUCCUGAAAGAUUCAGUGAUGAAAAUAAAGUUAAUAUUAAGCCAUAUACGUAUUUGCCCUUUGGAGUUGGACCGAGAAACUGUAUUGGCUCCAGAUUUGCUCUUCUCGAAUUCAAACUUAUAUUUUUCUACAUUUUAUCCCAAUUUGAAAUUAUUCCAAUACAAAAAACGCAAAUACCGUUAAAGCUUGAUAAAACACAGUUUGCGCUUACAGCUGAAAAUGGCUUCUGGUUGGGUCUUAAGCGGCGUGAAAAAUAAAAUAAAGUGUAACUCCUGACAUAAACUUUUAAAUAAAUCUGUUU